UCUCAUCCAGAAGUACUACAUAAUAAUAAAAGAAAGGUACUGUCAAUAUAUUCGACAUGUUUUGGUUCAUUUUCAUCUCUAUUUAUAAAUAUUUCAUUUUGCAGAGAGUUCAUGCCAAUGGACCUGAUGCAAAACACAUAGUGGUCAAUCCCAGAGAUACAACAAUGAAGCAUCAUCUUGAAAAUGAGGGUUGCAAUAAAUUCUCAUAUCAAGUACCAUCAUCACCAGCCCAUGCUGUUUUUGAUAGAGAGAUGAGAAAGAGCAGGGAGAAUAUGGAUGGAAAUUUGACUAGAGUACACAAACAAAGCACUCAAGACAAGUCUGUAGUCCAUGUGCCCUCUAAGCAGAAACGUAGUCCUUCCAUGGAGGUUGGCACAAAAGUGAUUCUGAAGUCUUCAAUAUAUCCAAACAAAAGGCAUGUGGCACAUGCUAGCAUUUUGGGUUGUAGUUCAAAAAAAAUGGUUGGUGGCGUUGAGCUAGGUCGGCAGUUCAUAGAAGUGCAAGUUGAUCAACCUAUUGAGGAAUGUGAGCGCUUGGUAAGGGAAAGGGAAAAUUGUAUGACAAUUGGCGAUGCUUUCACCUCUGGAUUAACAAUUGCUUGGCCUUCAGCUUGUAUUGAGAGGUUCAAUGGUUGAGUUGAUUCGGAUGCUUCUGCUCAUGAGGAAUCAAGAUGCAAAUAUGACAUAUUCAUGCAAGAAAGAUCCGAGGGGCACAUUCUAGUGAACAUGGAUAGGGGUGUCACAUGGUUUCAGUUAU